AUGCCACCAACAGGCAGAAAAAGGACAACAGUUUCAUCGGUUGCUGUUACAGCAGAGUCUACUAAGCGUGUCCGCUUGCCCAACUACGCCGGAGAUUCUUUCAGCACAUCCAGAUCUCAACCCGGAAGGCUCGGAUCGUCCGCGCGCCACGCUCUGGACGGCAGAGGUACCACGGCUCCCAGACGUGACAAGGGUUCGCCAGUGUUUUCGGACACGGGCUUAUUCGUUGCCGAUGACCUUGACGCGUCAGGGGCUAAGUCAAGCCAGCCUGUCUCGCGGAAGACACUUCGCUCUGGACAGAUUCCUGACGCCGAUGUGAACAGCAGUCUACCGUCCAGCUUCCUUCCGGAUUCCACCUCCCACGCCAUUCCAAGUACAGACACUGCUGACUUGUUGACGCAACAUGCUUUGCCGUCGCCCGAGCUGCCGGAUGAGCAGGAUCUCACAGAUCUGCCCGAGACCCUCACUAAAUACGAGAAGAAGCUCAAGAAGUUUGUCGACCAGUGGCACGCAUCCCUUGUCAAGAAGGGCAUACCGGAGCAUCUAGCCUACGAGCUUGCUAAGCGCUGUGUUCAAACCAGUGAUAAAGAAGGCGACUCAGAGACAGACAGCCAUAAUGCGCGUCGCGUAGAGAAGCCACUCUUUCCUCCAGGUACGCUCUUGAAAGGCACCCAGCUCUUCCAGGCAUCCACGCAAGUCUUGCCGCAUGUGCUAAAUAAUCAUGGAGGCGACAACGAAGACAGCGACAUCCCCUCACGGCCAUCUGCCAACCGUAUUCUCACACAGGUCUCUCAGACCGAUGACGAACCCGUCGUGAUACGGCUCGGCGUAGGUGCGCGAGCACCGAAGCCGGGACUGGGCGGAGGUGACAAGCCAAUUACUCUGGUAGAGGCCUUGAAAGCAAAGAACAGACUCAGGAACCAUUCCGAGGAGGGACAUGGCGCUUUCGACACCCUAGCUGUUGCUCGCAGGCUGCAGGAAAGGGACUUUGAAGGCAGGCUGUCUUCUCAAGAGAUCUGUGUCAUAGGUAUCGCCGUCCUACAUGAGGUAUUCGGCGACCGAGGCCAGAAACGGCUCGCUGAUGCACUGACACAUCUUUAUGGCCGCCACCCGCGACGUCACCUCGCCGACCUCGACCGGAACGCGGGCAGGGUGGCAGACGAGAUCCGCGAGGGUGGGCAGGCGACCCUAUCCAGCUUCACCCUACGUUGGGCUCAGGCCGUUCAGCACGACAGCCCCAACAUGUUGACAAUCGACGAUAUUCGACUGAUCGACAUGAAGGUGUCGCUCGUCCGUGAAUGGGAUCGCUGGUCGAACCCGGCCGCGACAGGAUCCAAUAAAGAUAUUGAAGACUUCCUCGUCAAGAACGGAAUAGACACCAACGCGGGGCUGACUCUUUCAACGAGAAUCGCCAAAUAUCUCAGCAGGAAGCUCUGUCUUCCCGAAGGCACCUUGGCCAAGAAGAUUUAUGCCUGGCGACCGCUAGCAGUGAUGGUAGACGUCUUUGGUCCAGGAAUCUACGUCUUUGUCUCCAGGAGCCUCUUUACGUGCUAUAAUAAGAUUCGUACCACCGAUGGCAUUAAAAAAGAGGAUAAGUUCCGUGCCAUGGCACUUGCUGUUGCAGACGAGAUUCCUGACCUUUUAGAAAUCUGCCAGGCAUCGUAUGCGCAUGUCGUUCAGCCCGUCCUGGAGUCCCUUGUUGCUGGUAACAACAUGAUGCAAGGUCUUUCCAGGGACUUGAGAGUUCCUGGGGUUCAGAUGGCUACAGACGGCGAUCAACACAGCUUGCGAAAAACGUCCAUUCCAGAACUACUCGGUAUUUGUAUAUCUCCACGAGGUUUUGUAGAGGAGUUGGACAGUGUGACAGGAGGUGAUGCUGAUGCUCGGACGGAAAUGGUCCGCCACCGUUCUAAUCUCCAUGAGCAUCACCAUGAAGAUGGCAAAGAUAGUGAUGGCGAUAACGAUGAUGAUGAUGAAAGUGGUGAAGAAGAUGAUGAGAAUUGUGAUUGA